AUGCGACCGCCACGCUUGAUUAUCGUGCUUUUCUGCCUAAUCUUCUUCCCGAUCCUCCUCACCAUCUUCUCCGCGCUCACUUCACCUCGUGUGGCAACCCCCAAUACGCUCGCUGGUCGAACCACUGGGUUGCAUUCCCUAUUUUCUUUCAAUAUACCAUCCUCGCUUUUCCCUCCGUCGGCCAUCAUCAGUCUCACCGAUGACAACUCCACCUUCUUCCUCGCCCGACCAGCGGCAUUUGGCCCGCUCCUGCCGAUAAAGGGCUUAAGUGGCCAGUUAUGGGUAGGAAGCGGCUUUGGUGAGGGCGGAAUCGCUGGCGGUGUGGAAGGAGAACUGGGCUGCUCCGAUAUUCCCGGCUGGGGUGAGGGCGCCAACCAAAAAAAACAAGACAAAGCCUCCAAGGGCGCGGAUCAGAGUACCGGCAAGCCCGGAGGUAGCACAGCAAACGAUCAGUCACCAAACCGCCCGCAGCGCUCGGUGUCGCAGGCCGAUACCACACCUCAGAAUGAUAGAGACGAUACCACUACCUCGCCGUUGAACGAUGGCACCGACGACCACCUGCAUCAUCCACUACCCGAAUCAGGGGCCUCAAACCCCGGUAUGAGUCAGAAGUAUGGCGAUUAUGUUCGAAACACGCCACCUGCGCAUGCCGAUAUUCAAUCUCUACAGGAGACUGCCGAAAUCCAGGGCAAAGUGGUUUUGCUGAGUCGAGGCGGCUGUGGGUUCCUGGAAAAGGUCAAAUGGGCGCAACGCCGAGGAGGGGUCGCGUUGAUUGUUGGCGAUGAUACCCGAGGUGGCAACUUGGUCACCAUGUAUGCGCGGGGUGAUACCUCAAAUGUCACGAUCCCGGCCUUGUUCACCUCCCACACCACCGCACAUCUUCUGUCUUCAUUAAUUCCUGGACAUGGCGGCGGUACUGCUAGCUUGGGAAAUGUGUUGAAGUCAUCUCAAGUGAAUCAAGCAGGCCAGUUGGAUCCUGAGAGCGAGCAGGUGGUUACUUCAACAACGGCUUUGGCUACGCCAACCCCUAGCGCCAGUGUCCAUUCGACGGUCAACGAUAAGCCUACAACGCCAUCCCCUUCCAGCAGUGGCUUCUUUCGUGCACUUGGUUCGCUCCUGGGGCUGUGCGAUAGAAACGCCGGCUCGGGUCAUUUGGAAGACAGCCGACGCCCGCCCAGCAGCGGCAACAUUGACUGGAUCAACGUUGGCUCUUGGGACGAGAAAGAAACCCCAUUAACCCCACAAAGCGGAUGGAAGAGAUCAACGGGAUCCAAUCGCCGCACUCGAGCCAAGUCGGACAACAAAUUGGAGACAUCUAACAAAGCCGAUAUGUCGCCGGAAAGCUUUGGCGAUGAUGACUUUGUCAUUGGAGUUCAAGACUGGAGAGAUCCCGAUUUAAUGAAGGGUAACACGCCCUCGACAGCUAGUACCUCCACGACAAGCAAGGACACAUCCAAGACUGCCAACGCAGAAAAAGAAGCUGCUUCUGCGUCCAAUAUCCUCAAAGGUGGUAGCAUUACGCCUGGUAGCGGAGAAUAUCAAAGCAUCGACAAAUCCAGUCUUUCUCAUGACUCGAGUGUGAAGGCUUCUGGAAAACAAUUUCUUGGGGCCAACGCAGAAAUUGAAUCUUCUGGUACAUCGACCAAGGGCUGGUUCUCCAGUCACUUCUGGGGGGAUGAAACCAAACAAGAGACUUUGCCUUCCUCGUCGCCUUCGCUUCAGAAAGGCAUAGUAGCCAACCAGAGAGUUCAGCCCGUGCCUCAAUCGCCGAGCCGCCCAAGCGUACAGUUUCCUGAACAUGAAGGUCUCUGGGUCACAAUGACUCCUACGAGCAUGUCUACCAGCCCCUUCUUUGAUACGCUAUUGGUACUUGUCGUCAGUCCGUUGCUGACACUUACGGUGGUGUACGCGCUAUUGCUUCUUCGGUCUCGAAUCCGACGCCGUCGAUGGCGCGCCCCGAAGUCGGUCAUUGAACGACUUCCGGUCCGGACUUAUCACACGAUCACCACGACUACUUCGUCAUCUUCCAGUUCACCACGUCCCGCUAGCCCUGGUGCUCUCUCGCCAACCUCGCCACUUCUUGGCAAUGAAAUCCAGCCAAGCGCAUCUCGGCCGAACAGAUCCCGUUCACAAGCAGUGUCGGGAACUAUGCUAGACUCAUCUUCGCUACCCAAAGAAGAGAAAUGCAGCCUACAAACCGGCUCUACAUUGUGGCGACGCAAGUACACCGGAAGACAGGUUGAGUGCGUUGUCUGUCUUGAGGAAUACAUUGAUGGCCAGAGCCGGGUCAUGAGCUUGCCGUGUGGCCAUGAAUUCCAUGCGGAGUGCAUCACACCUUGGUUAACUACCCGUCGACGAACUUGCCCGAUCUGUAAAGGCGAUGUUGUUCGUUCAAUGGCUCACUGUCAGACUCCUGACUCUCGAAGUUCCCAUGAACAAUCUCCCGAUGUCCAUUCCUCCGAGUCCAUUUCCCGGGUUGGCGCCUCUUCCGCCCCGGUUUUGAUUGAAGGCGUCACCGAUGAUGCUUCCGAUGCUGAGCAAACUGCAGGUCUACUUGGUGAACACGCAAGCUCUGCGCCACAGUCAAGCUGGAGGAACUUAGCAACCUUCAGUUUUUCGGCCCUUAGUGGUGAUACGAUUUGGCACCAGGCUCGUGCAGACCGAAACCGCUAA